AAUUUGGUGUUCCCUUGUGUUGGCAUAUCAUUUCUAACAAUUCUCGCUUUCUACUUACCAUCACGAAGCGGUGAAAAAGUGACGCUGUGCAUUCUCAUUUUUGUCGCUUUGACUGUCUUCUACUUGCUACUGGUCAGCAUUUUAAAGGAAAUCAUCCCAACAACAAGUGUCAGUUUGCCGUUGAUUGGCAAAUACUUAUUGUUCACGAUGAUUAUGGUCACGCUUAGUGUUUUUGUCACUGUUGUCUCAUUAAAUUUGCAUUUUCGAACUCCAACAACACAUCAUAUGCCGGAUUGGGUGAAACUGGUAUUUCUGAGGAUACUACCGAAAUUACUGUUUAUGAGACGUCCGAUCGACGAUGCUAACAAAUUGUUAAGUAAAGUCGGUGCAAGGCACGGCGAAUUAUGCGAGCAAGUAAAGAUGAAUCGAAAUGAGCCGGAAACGUUUGGCGUUCAGCUAGCCCAAGUGGAGUUCGAUGAACGAAUCCAGCGGCUCUAUCGUUCACCGCACGUUGUCAAGGCGUUCGAGAAUAUUUGCUUUAUCGCUGAAUUAUUGAAGAAAAAAGAUCGAGAUGCUAAAUCCACAUCGACAAAUUUGAAUUAG